AUGGCGAGCAAAUUUGUCUUAGAUUUCAAAAAGGAUUGGUCCGACCACGCGUUAUGGUGGCCGACACGUAACAAAUGGUUAUCCCGUCCCAAGCACACAUUGGACCAGUACGGAGUUCACGCGGACGCGGCUCUACACUUUACGCCGAUGCACAAACCACUGCGGAUCCAGUUACCGGACCUACGAUACAUUGACUGCAAGAUUGAUUUCUCAAUUGACACAUUCAGCGCUGUUGUCCAGUUGUGCAAGAGUCUUGGUAUAAGGCACCCAGAAGAACUAUCACUGUGCUACCCCUUAGAGCCAUCCCACCUGAAGCAGAACUACCAGAACUUGAAAGAGGCGAAGAAGAUAAAGUCUUCGCAGCCACCUGACACAAACACGUUUAUAGCAGCCACCCGUGGUUCGUCAAACAGUCUGGACAGAUCCCUGGCCUGUCCUGCUACUCCGCCCCCACCGAGAUCUCUUUCUGCUACUCCUGUAGCUUCGCAACAGAAUGGCACUUUACGCCGCUACGGUGGGCACAUAUACAGUACACAAAGCGACGGCUCCAGCGACGGAGGCUACUGUGGUACUCCGCCCAGGGCAGCCUCAAUGGAUGCUCUCGACUCUUUAGCUGAUCUCUCCCUGGCUGAUUCACCCUUAGAACCAGACAGCCAGUCGCGCGAGUCGCUCCUCACACCGAAAAGCUUGAUGGAACGCGCCAGAAUGAAUGUUGGUUGGCUCGACUCAUCCCUCUCCAUAAUGGAACAGUAUGUCCGUGAAUGGGACACCCUUCAGCUCCGCUUCAAGUUCUAUUCCUUCUUCGACUUGACGCCACGAGCCCAAGACGCUUCAAGGCUGAACCAGUUGUACCAACAGGCCCGUUGGCAGAUCCUGAACCAGGAGGUUCAUUGUACCGAAGAGGAGAUGCUCUUGUUCGCAGCUCUGCAGCUGCAAAUAGAGCUGCAGACCCUCACAGGAGGCGGUUUAGAAGCAGCAGAUGGGACUAAUGCCAAUGUCUCAGUGGCACCUGAGGACGAAAUCGAUGCAGCACUAAGCGAAUUGCAGGUUCAGCUCGAAGGUGGACCACCAACCAGACCUGAUAUCACUCAUGUGCCCGAGUUAGCCGGCUAUUUGAAGUAUAGAGGUCGUCAACGCUUCACGUUGCGCGCGUACAAGCGCGGUUGGGUGUCGUGUAGGGACGGCGAGUUGCGUAUACACAGCUCACGUGACUCCGCCGCUAAGGGCGACGCGCCGUCAUACAAGUUCGAGUUAAGGGGGGCUGAGGUGACACCAGAUGCACAUCCCGCUUCAGGUCGAUACGGAAUCAAGUUGGAGGUACCUUCCGAAGACACCAUGCAGGAAGUCUGGCUGAAAUGUGAAAAUGAAGACCAAUACGCUGAGUGGGUGGCAGCCUGCCGUUUGGGCUCCCGUGGUCGGUCUUUAGCAGAUGCGUCUUUCUCGAGCGAAGUGGCGACAGUGAAGUCGUUACUCGCCCUCCAAAGGCCGCAACCAGGCGCUGCCUUAAACCAACACAGCCUCCCACAUCUGGACCAUUUGCAGCCGGAAAAUUAUUUGGCGCCGAGAUUUCUUAAGAAACUCAAGAGCAAGUUCACUCAACGCGUGCUGGAAAGCCAUGCGAACGUCAAAGACUUGCCAUUGCUGGAGGCCAAGCUCCAGUACAUCAAGACCUGGCAAAAUCUACCAGACUAUGGACAAACUUUAUUUAUUGUCCGUUUUAUGGGACACCGGAAAGAUGAAAUCAUCAGCAUCGCCAAUAAUCGUAUUAUGAGACUUGAUCCCAGUACCGGAGACCAUAUUAAGACUUGGCGAUUCAGUACUAUGAAGGCUUGGAAUGUCAACUGGGAGAUCAAACACAUGAUGGUACAAUUUGAAGAAGGAAGUAUCAUCUUCUCCGUUCAAUCUGCUGACUGCAAGGUUGUCCACGAGUUUAUUGGAGGAUACAUAUUCCUCUCCAUGCGUUCUAAAGACGCCAACCAGAAUUUAGAUGAAGAAUUAUUCCAUAAAUUGACCGGUGGAUGGACAUAA